AUGGCCGACGCAUCAUCUCCACCGAAUCUUGUUCGUCUAGGGAGUCUGAAGAACUUCUUGUCCCUGUCGGAAGACCCAGUCCUUCACUCGACGCGCGGACAGCACCUCCCCGCUCUCCUGCACAACCUAUCAUCUCAGAACCUAUCCGUUGACUCAGAGCAAUACACUCGGCGACCAUCUUCCUUACGGAGCGAGGCCCGGUAUGAGAGACAAAACAGCGAUGACACGGAUCUCGAGCUUGGCAGGACGCACAGCGCCCAAACGGGCAGAGUGUCAUCGGAAGAGAGGGACAGGAGGACGAGUUCUGGAGCUGCGGCUCUCAUGACGCCGCAGAUGCGCAGCCAGCGGUUGAUAGGGAAUAGCAACCCACGAUACAGAUGGGAACAGUACUGGAAGACCGAGGAAGAGCUCAAGAAGAUGUCAAAGCCUCUGCGGCAAUACUACGAGCGCAACAACUACCUCAUCCAGCAGUACUCCUACAUUGACAGGCUUCUCGACUCCUCACUCCCUCAUAGUCUACUCCAAGAGUACAAUCAGCCGUAUUCCGGUGUGGACAUCCCUUCUACGAUCGUCGAAGAGCCCAGAUCAACACCUACCUCCCCGGAUAUCGCGGGCAUGAACGGCAACACGCCGGGCAUGGAAAGCAUUGACAAACUCAUGGGCAAUGAGUACAGUACUAAAUCGAAAAUCAAGCGAACUCCGAAAGACUUAUACAAGGUUCCGGACGAGGAAAGGCCACUACUCGAGGACGACGACACUGCUGAGGAUUCAAAACCAAACAUGCCGCAAUACGAACCGGAGGAAAGCUCCGACAGCAGCGACAGGAUUGUUACGGUCGCCAUCUACCUCAACCUGGUGGCCAACACUACACUACUAAUCCUGAAAAUCAUAGUAGCUGUGCUUACCGACUCGCUCUCCGUUCUUGCAAGCUUGGUCGAUGCAGCACUCGAUUUCCUGAGUACUGCGAUCGUAUGGACAACCACGCGACUCAUCUCCCGAAGGGAUCAGUACUCCUACCCGGUGGGUCGCCGGAGACUAGAACCUAUCGGUGUAUUAGUAUUCUCCGUGAUUAUGAUCACCUCCUUCUUCCAGGUUGCUCUCGAAGGUAUCAACCGGCUCCGCUCCUCAGGCGACCACACUCUAGUGCAGCUCACCAUCCCAGCCACCGCUAUCAUGGCCUCGACAGUCGUCAUCAAGUUUCUCUGCUGGCUGUGGUGCCGCUUCAUUAAGAACUCCAGCGUGCAGGCACUGGCUCAAGACGCCAUGACCGACGUCGUCUUCAACAUCUUCAGCAUCAUCUUCCCGCUAGUCGGCUACUACGCCAAAGUCUGGUGGCUCGACUCCCUCGGCGGCAUCCUCCUCUCCAUCUACGUAAUCCUAAACUGGUCGCGGACAUCUUCAACCCACAUCCGCAACCUCACCGGCGCAGCCGCCUCCGCAGACGAGCGCAACGUCCUGCUCUACCUGACCAUGCGCUUCGCGAAGACGAUCAAGCAGAUUCAGGGCCUGCAGGCGUACCACGCGGGCGACAAGCUCAAUGUGGAAGUUGAUGUGGUGCUUGAUGAGAACACGAGUUUGAGGGAUAGUCAUGAUUUGGGCGAGAGCUUGCAGUAUGUGCUCGAGAGCGUGCCGACGGUCGAUCGCGCGUUUGUGCAUUUGGAUUAUGCGGGGUGGAAUCUGCCGAGUCAUAUGCAGCAGCAGGAUUGA